AAAAUUUAAUUCUUAAUAAUUUUGCUUUUAGUAUUUCUAAUGACUUUACUUCUAGUACUUCUAAUAAUUCUGCUUCUAAUAUUUCUAAUAAUUUCACUUUUAGUACUUCUAAUAAUUCCAUUUCUAGUAUUUCUAAUGAUUCUAUUUCUAGUACUCUUAAUAAUUCUAUUUUUAGUAUUUCUAAUGAUUUCACUUCUAGUACUUCUAAUAAUUACACUUCUA